AUGACAAGUGUCAAGCUCCUCGAGCAACACUUCUUCGCCUCGGCUCCGUCCCUCUCGGCGGAGAGUCAUCCCUCGGGGUGGCUCAUCCGGUCCUCAGCCGGCUACACCAAGCGCGGCAACUCGGCGUCCCCGCUCGAUCCGUCCACCCCCUUGACGGAAGCCUCGCUAGCAGGUAUCAAGUCCAAGCUCCGACCGCCAGCGAUCAUCCGUAUCACGCCGCUGGCACAUGAGGAGGAUGACGAGCUCCUUGAACAACUCGGCUGGAAACACCUCGAUCCGUCUAUCGUCAUGACACGUACGCUCGACCGCCGUCCACCCGCUUCUGAUAGCACCCUGAAGACGUCGGUCAGCUCGGCCCCGACAUCAAGCUGGGUGCGCGGCUUUGCCACUGCUUCAAAUCUCUCUCCCUCCCACACGGAGACCUUUCGCUCGACCCUCAACCUCAUCCGAACCCCCUUCAUCCCUGCCUAUAUCACCCUCUUGGACCAGGCUUCUCACGCUGUGGCGUACGGUCAGGCGGUCCGCUCAGACCAUGUCGUCGGUCUAUACAACAUUGUCGUGUCCGCGGAGCACCGGGGGAAGGGGUACGGACGGGCCGUUACGCAGGCAUUGUUGGACUGGGGCAGAGCGGAGGGCGCAACGACGGCAUAUCUGCAGGUGACGGUGGGAAAUGCGGUGGGGCGCAGGAUGUAUGAGCGGAUGGGAUUUGAGGAGGCGUAUCGGUAUCAUUAUCGGGUGGCGCCAUGA